GAAGCUGCGCCUUCGCUGAGCCCUGCGAGGGCGGGAGCGUGCUGCAACCGAGAGCGGGAGCUGGGGCGGCUGAGCUGCUGGGAGCUCGGCCCCAGCUGAGUAGAGCAGCGCGGGUGGAGCCAGGGCGUUGUGCCGUUAGCUGGGCGGGAGAGGUGCGGCUCUGCGACAAAAACAGUAGCCAGAGAUGCCGGGGCCAGCUCCCCCCACCAGUAGCUGCUGGUGGUGGUGACGAUGUCAAAUAACGGCCUAGACAUUCAAGACAAACCUCCAGCCCCUCCGAUGAGAAACACCAGCACUAUGAUUGGAGCUGGCAGCAAAGAUGCUGGAACCCUAAACCACGGUUCCAAACCUCUGCCUCCAAACCCAGAGGAGAAGAAAAAGAAGGACCGAUUUUACCGAUCCAUCUUACCUGGAGAUAAAACAAAUAAAAAGAAGGAGAAGGAACGGCCAGAGAUUUCUCUUCCUUCAGAUUUUGAGCACACAAUUCACGUUGGUUUUGAUGCUGUCACAGGAGAGUUUACAGGAAUGCCAGAGCAGUGGGCUCGCUUGCUUCAAACAUCAAAUAUCACUAAGUCAGAGCAGAAGAAAAACCCACAAGCUGUUCUGGAUGUACUGGAAUUUUAUAACUCAAAGAAGACCUCCAACAGCCAGAAGUACAUGAGCUUUACAGAUAAAUCAGCUGAAGAUUAUAAUUCUUCUAACACUUUGAAUGUGAAGACGGUGUCUGAGACUCCUGCAGUGCCACCAGUUUCAGAGGAUGAAGAUGAUGAUGAUGAUGCUACCCCUCCUCCAGUGAUUGCUCCACGCCCAGAGCACACAAAAUCUGUAUACACACGGUCUGUGAUUGAACCGCUUCCUGUUACUCCAACUCGGGAUGUGGCUACAUCUCCCAUUUCACCUACUGAGAAUAAUACCAUUCCACCAGAUGCUCUGACCCGGAAUACUGAGAAGCAGAAGAAGAAGCCUAAAAUGUCUGAUGAGGAGAUCUUGGAGAAAUUACGGAGCAUAGUGAGUGUGGGCGAUCCUAAGAAGAAAUAUACACGGUUUGAGAAGAUUGGACAAGGUGCUUCAGGCACUGUGUACACUGCAAUGGAUGUGGCCACAGGACAGGAGGUGGCCAUUAAGCAGAUGAACCUUCAGCAGCAGCCGAAGAAAGAGCUGAUUAUUAAUGAGAUCCUGGUCAUGAGGGAAAAUAAGAACCCAAAUAUUGUCAACUACUUGGACAGUUACCUCGUGGGAGAUGAGCUGUGGGUUGUCAUGGAAUACUUGGCUGGAGGCUCUUUGACAGAUGUGGUAACAGAAACUUGCAUGGAUGAAGGCCAGAUCGCAGCUGUCUGCCGUGAGUGCCUGCAGGCUUUGGAGUUUCUGCAUUCGAACCAGGUCAUUCACAGAGACAUCAAGAGUGACAAUAUCCUGCUGGGAAUGGAUGGUUCUGUCAAGCUAACUGACUUUGGAUUCUGUGCCCAGAUCACCCCAGAGCAGAGCAAACGGAGCACCAUGGUGGGAACCCCAUACUGGAUGGCACCAGAGGUUGUGACACGGAAAGCCUAUGGGCCCAAGGUUGACAUCUGGUCCCUGGGCAUCAUGGCCAUUGAAAUGAUUGAAGGGGAGCCCCCAUACCUCAAUGAAAAUCCUCUCAGAGCCUUGUACCUCAUUGCCACCAAUGGGACCCCGGAGCUUCAGAACCCAGAGAAGCUAUCAGCUUUUUUCCGGGACUUUCUGAACCGCUGUCUUGAGAUGGAUGUGGAGAAGAGAGGUUCAGCUAAAGAGCUGCUGCAGCAUCAGUUCCUGAAGAUUGCCAAGCCCCUUUCCAGCCUCACUCCACUGAUUGCUGCAGCAAAGGAGGCAACCAAGAACAAUCACUAAAACCACGCUUGCCCCAGCCUCAUUGUGCCAAGACUUCUGUGAAAUAAAUGCUCAUUUUAGAAAUUCAA